AUGCACUGCGAAGUGGCGGAGGCGCACUCAGAGAAGAGGCCGAAGGAGGCCCCCGGCGCUCCAGGUCCCGGCCGGGGGCCCGUUGGCCUCGGCCCGCACAUGGCCUUCAGGGUCACCGUGAGCGGCGGGGGCUGCGGGGAUGGGGGUCCGCGUGACUUGCUGCCCCGGCCUCCCGCGCCACCGCGCGCCCACGACCUCCUUCGGCCUCGGAGUCCCCGAGACUACGGUCCGUCCAAGGCCUCCGCCGCUGCCGCCGGGAAGGUAAACGGGAGCUACGGCCACUGCACUCCAGGCUCGGAGAAGAGUCUGCUGGAUCUGGACCUUGCCGAGGGACCCGGCCCCACCUGCCGCCAGGGCCUGUUCCUGCCUACAGGAAGCCCGCCACCCCGAGGCCACCCCCUCGCCUGCGAGAGGCUGCUGCAUUUCCCCCACCCCAGCAGGUCCCCCAGGCCCCAGGCCACCUAUGUGAAUGGUGGCCUCCCAGCCACACAGCACAUCAAGCAGGAAUCCCUGCCUGACUACCGGGCCAUGACGGAAGCUCGCGCACCCCCAUCCGCCCACUGCCGCGCCCCAUCGGCCACAGGCCUGCACACAGACCUGGACCUCCCGGGCCGAGGCCUUGCCAACCCCGCACCUUCCUGCUACCUUCUGGGCAGCGAACCCAGCUCGGGCCUGGGACCCCCGCCUGAGGCCCACCUCCCCGAGGGGGGCCUGAAGCGCUGCUGCCUCUUGGGGCUGCCCCCCACCUCCUCGGUCUCCGUCUCGCCCUGCGCUGCCUCCGACAUCACCUCCAUCAUCCGCUCCUCCCAGACAGCCCUGGUUACCUGUGUCAACGGACUCCGGAGCCCCCCUCUGCCGGGAGACACGGGGGGCCCUCCCAAGCGGGCCCGGCCCAGCUCUGCGUCCACCGAGAGCAACGAGGGCAGUUUGCGGCUUGAAGCCUGCCGGAAGGCCGGCUUCCUGAAGCAGGAGCCUGCGGACGAGUUCUCAGAGCUCUUCGGGCCUCACCAGCAGGGCCUGCCGCCCCCCUACCCCCUGUCUCAGCUGCCUCCUGGCCCGGGCCUUGGAGGCCUGGGGCUGGGCCUGGCGGGCCGGGGGCUGGCUGGGCGGCAGGCGUGCCGUUGGGUGGACUGCUGCGCAGCCUACGAGCAGCAGGAGGAGCUGGUGCGGCACAUCGAGAAGAGCCACAUCGACCAGCGCAAGGGCGAGGACUUCACCUGCUUCUGGGCAGGCUGCGUGCGUCGCUACAAGCCCUUCAACGCCCGCUACAAGCUGCUCAUCCACAUGAGGGUGCACUCGGGUGAGAAGCCCAACAAGUGCAUGUUCGAGGGCUGCAGCAAGGCCUUCUCGCGGCUGGAGAAUCUCAAGAUCCACCUGCGGAGCCACACGGGUGAGAAGCCGUACCUGUGCCAGCACCCAGGCUGUCAGAAGGCCUUCAGCAACUCCAGCGACCGCGCCAAGCACCAGCGCACCCACCUUGACACGAAGCCGUAUGCCUGCCAGAUCCCUGGCUGCUCCAAGCGCUACACAGACCCCAGCUCCCUCCGCAAGCACGUGAAGGCCCAUUCAGCCAAAGAGCAGCAGGUGCAUAAGAAGCUGCACACAGGCCCUGAUGCUGAGGCUGACGUCCUGACCGAGUGUCUGGCCCUGCAGCAGCUCCACACGUCCACACAGCUGGCUGCCAGCGACGGGAAGGGUGGCCGCGCCCUAGGCCAGGAACUGCUCCCAGGCAUGUAUCCUGGCUCCAUCACCCCCCAUAAUGGGCUGGCAGCAAGCAUCCUGCCCUCUAUGCCUGAUGUCCCUUCCAGGCACCACCCACUGGACUCCACCACCAGUUCCCACCACCACCUGUCCCCUCUGCCCACGGCUGAGAGCACCCGGGAUGGGUUGGGACCUGGCCUCCUCUCACCCAUGGUCAGUCCACUGAAGGGGCUUGGGCCACCCCCAUUGCCACCAUCCUCCCAGAGCCAUUCUCCGGGGGGCCAGCCCUUCCCCACGCUCCCCAGCAAGCCACCCUACCCGCCCUUCCAGAGCCCUCCUCCCCAGCCUCUGCCCAGCCCUCAAGGCUACCAGGGCAGCUUCCACUCCAUCCAGAAUUGCUUCCCCUAUGGUGACUGCUACCGGUUGGCCGAGCAGGCAGCCAGUGGGGACGGACUGGCGGGGGAGGCCCAUGGUUUCAACCCGCUGCGGCCCAACGGCUGUCAUGGCCUUAGUGCACCUUUACCUGCCCCAGGCUACGAGGCCCUGACCGAGGCCCCGUGUCCCCCAACGCUGCCACCGCAGUCAUCUGAGGACGUCGUGUCCAGCGGCCCCGAGGACUGCGGCUUCUUCCCUAACGGGGCUUUUGACCACUGCCUGAGUCACAUCCCCUCCAUCUACACAGACACCUGAAUGCCGCCCACACCUGCCUGCCCUCCACCGCCGAUGCUACCCCCCCGCCACCGGCCGGCUGUUCCCACCUUC